UCUCACUCUCCCUCUCUCUUCUCUUUAUUUUUCUCUCUUAAAUCUUCCAUUACCUAACCAAAAACCACAGCAACAACAACAACAGAAAAAAUCGCAUUAAAACUCUCUAUCUCUCUCUCUCUCUAUUGACACCAAAAAAACCAAACGUCAAACCAAUAAAAAGAAGAGAAGAGACGACGGCAGGUUAUUCCAUAGCAGAGGAUCUUUCGAAAGGAUGAUGAUGUUGCGGUCGCUUUCCAGGCCGCUUGAACGUUGCCUUGGGUUGAGGGCUGGUGGGGAUGGUCUGAUGUGGCACGCUGACCUCAAACCGCACGCUUCCGGUGAUUACUCCAUCGCUGUGGUGCAAGCGAACAACAACCUUGAAGAUCAAAGCCAAGUCUUUACAUCUCCUUUUGCUACCUACGUUGGUGUCUAUGACGGACAUGGUGGUCCUGAAGCGUCAAGAUUUGUCAACAAACAUCUCUUCCCUUUUCUCCACAAAUUUGCUACGGAACAAGGGGGAUUAUCUGCAGAUGUUAUAAAGAAGGCAUUCAAUGCAACUGAAGAGGAGUUUUUGCAUUUGGUGAAGCGAUCAUUGCCGCUGAGGCCUCAAAUUGCUUCAGUUGGAUCAUGCUGUCUAGUUGGUGCUAUAUCAAAUGAUGAGUUAUAUGUGGCAAACCUUGGUGAUUCAAGAGCAGUUCUUGGCCGGAGAGUUUCAGAGGAUAAGAAAAAGAUGGUUGUGGCAGAGAGACUGUCAACAGAUCAUAAUGUUGGAGAUGAGGAAGUCAGAAAGGAGGUUGAGGCUCUUCACCCAGAUGAUUCUCAUAUAGUGGUGUACACCCGUGGAGUUUGGAGGAUUAAGGGCAUAAUCCAGGUGUCGAGAUCUAUUGGUGACGUUUACCUGAAGAAACCUGACUUUUAUAGAGAUCCAAUCUUUCAGCAAUUUGGAAAUCCUGUUCCCCUUAAAAGACCUGCAAUUACAGCAGAACCUUCUAUCCUGAUUAGGAAGCUUAAGCCACAGGACCUUUUUCUGAUCUUUGCAUCCGAUGGCCUAUGGGAGCAGUUGAGUGAUGAAGUUGCUGUAGACAUUGUUUUCAAAAACCCCAGAGCUGGUAUUGCUAAGAGAUUGGUAAGAGCAGCACUUCAAGCAGUUGCAAAGAAAAGAGAGAUGAGAUAUGAUGAUAUAAAGAAAAUUGAAAAGGGAAUAAGGCGCCAUUUUCAUGAUGACAUCACUGUGAUUGUAAUUUAUCUUGAUCAACCCCAAGGCUCUUCCAAUAACAGGGUUAAACAAAAUGCCAUGGGGUGCACGACAGCGCCUGUGGACGUCUAUUCCUUCAAUGCAGAUGAAGCAGAUGAGGAUCUGCUUCAAACAAUUUCCUGAAUACAGCAGAAUUGAGUUAUAGAGUAGCACACUGACUUUUCAAGUAAGUUUAUUUAUGUAAAGAAACACAAUGAUAGCUGGGAUCGGUUCUGAACGUAGGAGUGUUCUUUGGAGAGAAUAUAGAGUUUGGAAGGUAAUUAAGUCACUGAAGGAUAUAAGGUGGAUGCUGAUGGAAGCAGGCUGGUAUAGAUAUUCAUUUUCCAAGUGAAAGAAGCUGGCUGGUAUAGCUUUUCCAAGUGAAGUUCUACGGCAUUCAGUUUUCUGUCAGAUUCUUGGCCUUUACCCUUUUUGAAGUUGAUAUCAAUGCAUCCCAGAAAAAAUGAAGGCAUCAUUUUUGUAUUGCUUUAUUUUAUGUUCAUAGUCAACAUGAUAAUCUGUUGCUUCUUUACCCCAAGUUUCCCCAACUCAUUCAUUCUUCCUAAAAUCCACCAUAUCCGCAGAUGGGAAGUACGUUAAAUUUAGACAUCAUGGUUGAGAAUAUUGGAAACUGCGCUGUUCUUAUUUUCUUUUAAAAACGGAGAGUACCAACACAACAAGAUUGCCUUGUAAUUUGGAUGUCUAAAAUAAAACAGAAAGGUGUUUAGUACCAA